AUGCCUGUUCUACCCGGUAUGAAGAUCAAGACGGACACCCCGCUCGUCAAGAGGGCUCGUGAAGGUGUGAUGGAAUUUUUGUUGGCCAAUCACCCGCUGGACUGUCCUAUAUGCGACCAAGGUGGUGAAUGCGAUUUACAAGAUCAAUCUGUUAGAUAUGGCAGUGAUCGAGGAAGAUUUCAUGAAAUCAGUGGAAAGAGAGCUGUGGACGACAAGAAUUUUGGACCUUUGAUAAAAACCUCCAUGAAUAGAU